AUGGAGGGUCGACAACGAAAGCAUUGCCAUUGUGGGAAGCUCUGUCGAGUUCAGACCUCAUGGACAGAUUCCAACCUAGGUCGAAGGUUUCUAGUCUGCCCACUGGGAAGGAACAAAGGUUGUUGCUUCUUUGAGUGGUUUGAUCCAGAGAUGUGUUCUCGUUCAAAGGAUAUAAUACCUGGGUUGCUGAAGAACAGAGGAAGACUGGAACAAGAUCUAGCCCAGCUUCGAGGGGUAAUCAUCGUUAGGUUUAGAGUUGACUAUGUAAUGUAG